GGUAGCCGGACCCGGUACGACUUUUGAGGCCACCUCAAGGGAAGGUUAUCUCUUUCCAUUGUCAAGCCCACUCUCAUCUCUUUAUCAUUCUUGGUGCGCAGGUAUGUCAGCGGAGGACGUCGAGAGGGCUACUUUUGUCCAGUCCGCGGAUAACGAACUGCAUACUGCCAUUGACCAAAAUGCCAAUCAUCAUGAAGCUGAAGUUGUUGACCUAUUGCUUAAGAACUCGGAGGCUUCCACCAUUCUAGGGGGUGGCGUAGCUUUGGAUGACAAAAAUGACGAAGGGCAGACGAUCUCGUCUACGCUGGCGAAAGACAGCCCUGUUGACGCGUCUCCCGAAGAACCAUCAGUAGUUGCUGCAGAUGAGAAGACUCAAGCGGAUUCGACAGCCAACGUAUCGUCUGACGCUACGGAAGCCUUGUCUCAAGCCAUCAAGCUUGUUCAAGCAGACAAAGUGUUCGGUGAUGUCACAAAUCAGCAAGUCGAGGAGGUCGCUACAGCUAUCACGAACAAAGACGCAUAUGAGUCUCUGCAUGAAGACUCUAUACAUGCUGAGAAACUUGUGGAUGCCACGCCAUUGGAUGAGCCUCUCGAUACUGGUGCUUCAUCUGAGACACAAGUUGCUUCUCAGAAAGCCGAAAAUGAUGAAAAUGUUGCGCUCGAGGAGAUCGUCGUGGUUGCUGAGAAGCCUGUAGAGUCUUCUGAGUCACCAGUGGCUCUGAUAACAGAGGAAGAGGCACACGCCACGGCUGAAUUACCGGAGACAAAGGAUGACAACGAGUUUAUUGCUUAUGCAGUGGAUGAACCUACGUCCAGCGAUAGCCCGGCGGCGGAAUCCGCACCAGUGAAUGAUCUUGUUGAUGCAUCCUCAUUCACUCAAGACGCCGCUGCCGCUCCUGAACCUGCUAAGGCCCCUGCUGCUGAUCCCGUAGAGGUCCCUUCGUCUUCUUCAGACGCUGUCCCGGUGGUCGAGCCCAUCGUCACUGGCACGGAUACUACCGGUCUUGGCAACGAUCUGAUCUACCUUAACGCAGGGUCAGAAGAGAUCUGCUAUCCGGACCAGUCAACUCCUAAUAAUGAAGAGGUCAUCUCAAAGACCGAUGUGGACGAACCCGAGCAGAUAAAGCCGAUCGCAGAAGCUCUUGAAUCCGUUUCUGACCUUCCUGUUCCAGUCGAUCCAAAGGCAGACGAGACCGUUGCUUCUCAGGAACACGAGACUCUGAAGUCGGAGGAGGAUACCGGAUCCACGAAGGCCAACGGGGUGGCUGAGCCUGUUGUUGCGGAGGUUAUCGUUGAGCCUGAGACUCUCGAAAAGCCCAAAGUAGAGACACAGCAUACCGUGGACGAGAACGUUACUGAGCCUGUGCAAGUCGGCGAGGAAGUUGUGCCAGCGAAGGUUGAGCUUCCAAGUGACGAAGAGGCUGCACCUCAGCCCGACGUUGUCGAGGCCAAGCAACCAGAGCCCGUUGCAGACACGUCUGAUUCCGUUUUCGGAUCUGCUCCUCCUGUCGAUGCUAAGACCGACGAGGUUGUUGCUUCUCAGGAACAUGAUCUUGCAAAGCCCGAAGAGGACGUUGUUCUCGCUCAGGCCGAAAAGACUGUUGAGGCCGUUGUAGUGGAGGAAAUCGCUCAGCCUUUGAAGGAAUCUGUACCUGAGACCGCUGAUGAGCCGGAGACGUUGGAGACGAAAACCACCAUCGGUGAAGUCGUUCCCGCACCUAUAAAAGUUGAUGUGACAGCUGAGCCGGCGAACGACCAAGGGGUCGAGCUAGUGCAACCUGAAAUCUCAUCCGAGCCUACGAGAAGCGCGGAGGCCUCCGGGGCCGUCGACUCAACGAAGAUCGAAGAUGACAGCCAGUCUGGCGAGUUCGAGGAUCCUGACCUUUCGAAGGUUGCAGACCGCUCUGAAGUCGCUCUCGCACAAGAGGUGACUGAAGCCGUCAAAGUUGAAGACGAGACGGAACCUGCACAAGCUGAACCAGUCGUUGAAGCUGAACCUCCGGAAGUGUCGAAACCAGUCGCGAUAACUGCGGAAGAACCUGGACUGGCAAAGCCUGAACCUGAUGUAUCUGAACCAGCUGCUGCUGAGCUCGUGGAACUCAAAACAUAUCUUCCUGAGCAAGUCGAACCCGCAUCUCUGCAACUUGAGGAAGCUCCUGAGCCAGCGAAGGUCGAAGAGGUUGAAGUUGCGGAGGCGCAAGUACUGGAAUCCGCUCAGCUCAAUCAGGUAGAAAGCAUCGCUGUUGAAGAGCCCAAGUCGGCAGCUGAGCCUAUCAUCGAGGAUACUCCUGUUCUUGACGCGAAGACUGAGGUUGAUGUGGUAGAGCUAACAUCUGCGCCCGAGGCAACAUCAACUGUUGAGGAGGCUGUCGUUGAGGAUGUCAAGACUGAGGAACCACUUGUCACUGCAGACUCUGUCUCUCAGCCCCCUGCCCAUGCGGAGCCCCCCGCCGCGGCUGUCGUAGAAGAUGAAUCAGUCACUGAGCCGGCCAAAGAGGAAGAAUCUGCUUCAGAGCACGUUGACGUUGUAGUAUCUGGCUCUGAACCAACUGUCGAGGCCGUUCUGGACGUCCGCGUACCCUCUCCCGCUCCAGUCAUUGAAAAUGCUGAAGUGCCUCAAACGAGUGAAGAGCAAAUUCCUACGGCAAGUCCAGUCAAUUCUUACCUAUAUAGCUGUUGCUCAAACAUUCCAUGUCGACAGGUUGACGGGAUCUCUUCUACAGGGGCUGUUCCUGACACUAACAACACCCAGGUGGUUGUGGAUGGUGAAAUUGUCCCCGUCAGUGAGGAGAUCAAAGAUGGAGAUGUCGCACCUCAAAAUGACGCGGAAUUAACUGCUGCAGUCGAGCAUGUUAUACUUGAAGAGCCCGCUGUUCCAACUGAAACCCUGGUUGUCGGUGCCGCUGUUGAAGAGCAACCGGAGCCUGCAAGUGCGGAGGAAACUGAAGAGAAAAUUGGUGGGCCCAUCGCAGAACCAUCCAUCGAAAUACAAGAGGCUUCGGUCCCCGAACCGGAGGUGGAGAUAACUAGCGUGGAAAUUCCUGUGGGGGAAGCGCCAAGUGGGGUUGCUUCUGACGAACGUGUAGAAGUUUUGCAUGUGGCCGACGAACAACCUGCGAACGUUAAGAUUAUUCAGGAUGAUGUCAUUGCGGUUCGUAGCGAAACUCCUGUUGUGCUUUCUGAAUCGGGACAACUAGCGGUCCAUCACGAAGACACGGUCCAAACAGCAGAGGUCGAUGUCUCAGAGCUUCCUGCGGUGAACGAGCUUGUCGAUAUUCAUACGACGGAGUCAGAGCAGCCGUUUGAACCCGUAUCAGAGCCGGUACCAGCAGUCGAAGCAACACUGGAAGGCAUCCUUGCGGAGCCCGUUGCCACCACUCAUGACACUGAGCUCGUGCAGGAGCCUGUGACAGAGGUUCCAGAUGCGGUAACAGCACAUGUCGCUCAAGAUGACGCGAAAGAAACUGAGGUUUCCGGCGUUACCGAUGCGAAUGUUGAGCUUGAGGUAGCUGUUCCCUCCGCCACGCAGGAUUCAAUUGUAGAGGAAUCUCCUGCCCCUGAAGCUCAGGAUGGUGUUGCUGUGGAGGUUCCUUCCGUUGAGACUCAGAAUGCCGCUGCCGUCAUUGAUGGAAGCAAUGACGUUCCUUCUACAGCCGAGUCUACUGAAGACAUCGCCCCAGCUAUCUCUAUCACCACGGAUGCUACCGACGGCGACGAAGUUGCCCCCACUACGCCAGUAAUUGUAAACGCUGAUCAUCCAAAGUCUCCUUGGACACCCUCUUACAGUGUAGUUACUCAGGGCCCAGGCGUUGUGGACGACGAUGCUGCCGAGUUGAAAGAACUGGAGCAGCUUCCUCCCGCAGACCAAAUCACACCCGUUGAGGACGCUCCCGCUAUUCAGGCUGAGGAACAGAACGGUGAAGCAGUUGAUGAGUCUCAGGAGCUCUCUAAGUCAUCUUCCUGGCCGGUGUCUUACUCAGUCAGCUCGCAAGGUGCCAGUCCUCUUCAUCAAGCUCAAGAUUUCGACAAUGCAGAAGUGCAACAUGCUGAGCCCUUGUCUGAGUCUUCUGCGGAACCCGCAGAACCUGCUGUAAACGUUGUGGAGCCUUCCUCCACAUCUGUAGUUCCUGUGGUACCGGAGGAGGAUGUUGAGGCACCGUCCUCCCAAGAGUCUGUCCCUGAGCCGGAGCAGGAAGCGAUCCACUUGAACAAGCCCGUUGAAGCUGUCGCAGUCGAGGACAAAUACGUCGGCAACACGGAUCUACUUCAAGAGGAUACUGAGGAACUCACCGCCUCCAUUCCAAGUGUGCAGGUGGAUGUCGAGUUCGAGGAUGAACAGAAACCUUCAGAGGAACCCAUCCCCGAAAGGCCUUGGACCCCAUUGUACUCCGUUGUUCGGCAAGGAUCUCUCAGUCCUGCUCAAUCUGCAGAACCUCUUGAAGCCGAAUCCAAGGAGGCUGCUCCAGAGCGACCUUGGACUCCGUCAUAUUCUGUUAGUCAACAAGGUGCAAGCCCUCAGGCUUCUCCUCGAGUCCUGGCCCAUGUUCCUUCCAUCCAGUUAUCUGAGGAGGUCCCAUCAAUUGCUGAAGCUGCUUCAACCACUGUUGAGGAAGCCGUUUCGGACGAAGUUGUUGCAGUGCCAUCUCUGCGAGUAGAGGAUAAACCAGUUGAGGAAACUGCAACUGCCACGGAAAUACAAGAGCCUGUCCCCGAGCGACCUUGGACACCUUCGUACUCGGUUGUGCAACAAGGCAACAGUCCUCACGCUUCGCCCAAGGCUCUUGAGGAUGAACUGAACAUUGAAAACGUAGAUGCGGCGCCAGCGAGACCGUGGACUCCCUCGUACUCUGUCAGUCGACAAGGGUCCAGUCCUUUGCAAACUCCCGCUUCUCUUGAGGAUGUGCCCCAGGUUGCGGCUGAAGUACCCGAAGUCAAGGAGCUUGAGACACCUGCUGUUGGAGGUCCGAUAGUUGUGGAACAAGUGGUUGAAGAACCAGCUCAGCUGACUGAAGUCGUCCAACCGAUUGAGGAACCCGCGCCGACCAAGGAAAUUGUGCAGCCCGAGCCAGCUGAAGAGGUUAAGCCUAGUGUCAAUGAAGAUGAAGCCGAAACUGAACAGACUCCUGCGGUUCCCGAAGUUCCUAGGAUUGAUAUUGCUACCGAGCCUGCUGUGCAGGAGGUGCCAUCCACGAAUGGCGUUGAGAUUGAGAGACCCAAGUCACCUUGGACGCCUUCUUAUUCCGUCUCUCAGCAGGGAAGCAGUCCGUUCGGCACCCCCGCUGUCAACGCCAAGGAAUUGCAAGACGAACCUGCCGUUGAACUGCUUGCAGCCAUUGACCAAACUGCAAUUGAGGAACCCACCAGGACCAAUGUUCCCACCAUUGCUGUUCAGUCCAGCCCCGAAGACAAAGCCACUGCCUCUGGUUCCGAAGCUGUUGAGGACAGACCCGAGCGACCUUGGACUCCUUCAUACUCCGUUGUGACUCAAGGAUCUGCUUCCGGCACUCACACACCUGUUGAGCAAGAGCCCGAGGCACCAGUCGCUGCCAACAGCAUCGCUACUGAAGUUGCCAAGGAACCAGUUGUCCACCCAUUCCCCAGCACGGAAGAAGCGGAGCCGGCGCUCAAGAUCGCCACCAAGCCUAGCUUGGCACGCCUCGCUCCUUUGAACGAGUUAGAACCGAUCGAUGUCAUCUCACCCCCAGCACUUGAAACUCUCUCGCCCACAAGCGGUCGUACUAGGUUGGAAUCGACUACAUCCUCUCGUUUCUUCCCAGGUGGAUGGUUCUCCAAUCCCACGAAGUCUCCCGAGGCCAACCGAGCUUCGCUGGACCACGCAUCCGGUGUAUUCACCAAGACGCCUGGAACCUCUGCCAUUGAGGUGCCUGCCAAUACGCCCAUCGAUGGUAUCGACGAAAAUGAGGACAAGAAGAAAUCUAGGUGGUGCGUUAUCAUGUAAGGUCGGAUAUCCGGAAGCAAUUUUUGCUGGUGGGAUUGGAAUGAUUAUGAAUUUAUGACUCCAUUAUGAUCUAUUUGGUUUUGGUAUCAAACUCUUCCUACUAUACCCCCCAUGCUCUGGUCCUUCACGUAUAAUCUGUUAAUCGGUCUUUACCCCCACUCCGAGCAAUUGUCUGUCUCAUACAUACCUGCAUUGUCAAUGUGACUCGUGUUGAUUACAUUUCUUGGCCUCCUUUCUGAUGGGAUUGAGUCCUCCCAUCUGACGCUUUCUCUUCGUGAACUCGUCGGCAUUGGUUCGGGGACUUUCGAUCUUUCGAAGCCGGUACGCUGGUCACCUGUUUUCCCU